CAUCAUGUUCCAUCUUGGACACUUGGAAUCGAGCUCGACACCCUACCAACAUGAUGCUGGCAAGAUGGUUCAUCUUGGAAACCUAGGUGUCAAUCAUCACAUCCUAUUAGGUGCUCGACAUGAUACUUCAUUAUAUCUUAAACAUCAAUAUGUUCAAUACCUUAUCACGUCCGCAUCAGGCACGAAGACUCCAAGUCAGUAUAAUAAAGAUACAAAUACAAGUCAUCCAGCAAGACACCUUCGUGACACGUAGACUAAUCAUCAAACUUGUUUUGAAGUCUUCAAGUCGUCUAGGUUUCAAGUGGUCUACAUGAAAGCAAAGGGCGUUAGGGAAUCAAACAAGCUAAUAAAGUACCAAUGUAGCAGGAGGAUUAGUUACAAAAGUGGAUUCACAUGAUGUCUAUAAAUAGGAGAAACAAAGAUGGAGCAAGAGCUUCCCAAAACCAAAAUUCUGAUGCACAUAUUGAGUUUAUCAUUUUUCUCUACAAAGUAGUCAUAUGAAUAGUGUUCUGAGCUCUCACCGAAUCUCCAUAGGAGUAGAGAGUAACUUAAUUUAGUUUGUUAAAAAAGUCAUAAAAUAAAAUCAAACACUCUUCAGAUAUAGUAGUGUUUGCAUUGGAUUUUGCAGUAUGUAGUCUUCUCCUACGCAUGGUCCAUGAAACCGUACCGUACCGGCGGUUCAACUACAAAAUACCAAUAUCAGAGGCUAAAUCGAUAGGCGGUAUAUAACGGUACUAACAGUUGAACUACAGUUAAAUCACAGUUUUGUCAUAAAAUACUCUAGCGCUGACUUUUCUGGUACGGUUUCAUGGACCAUGCUCCUACGUUGUUUUGAUGUCCUGGCUAUGUUAUUCUUGCCGGUUAUGUUUUCAUAAUUGGUAGUGUUUUGAAUUUAAUGUGAAAUUAAUUUUGUUUUGCUUGUUCUUCCUAUUCAUGUUAUGAUAUCUGCUUUGUUGGUUGCUUUUCCCAUGAGAUGUAACCGUUUGCAACGGUCCUCAAUUACUUUAGUACUGGUUCCAAUGCAAAAGAAAAAGUGGAAUAGUAACCGUUUGAAAAAUGGAAUCCCUAUAAAUCCGGCGCACCAUCCAUGUCGACCAACAUUAAAUUCGAAUCUCUAAUUUUGUGCUCAUCUUUUCCUUGUAUGCUCUUUUUAUAGUUAUAGCCAUUACAUCAAAAUAAAAUUAAAAUGGAACGAUUUAGAUACUAGUUAUCAUAAUAUCAUUGUACUAGUCACUAUUUUAUAGGUUAUUAACUUGUUGUCUCCUUCAGGAGCCCCAAUCCCUUCUGGCGCAGGUCUACAAAGGGAAGUAUUUUCCUCAUGGGUCAUUCCUCUCAGCAACGGCGCGGUCUCGCCCUUCUUGGGGGUGGCAGAGUAUUCUAUUUGGGCGCCAGUUGUUGGUGGCAGGGCUUCGGUGGCAAAUUGGGGACGGGCAUUCUGCUUCCCUUCUCCACUCAAACUGGAUCCCUCAUUUGCAGCUUGAUCCGCCCCGCUAUAAUCCUCAGAUCCUUCCUGUGGGGGAAGAUCCGAUGGUGGCAGAGGUGAUUGAGCCGGCAGGGGGCCAGUGGUCUGACCAGAAAUUAAGUCAGUGGUUUGACCCGCCUACUUGUGCGGCCAUUAAAGCCAUCCCUCUUCCGCGGUUGCCGGUAGCGGAUAGAUUGGUUUGGCAUAAUACUCCGGAAGGCAUUUUCACAGUGAAGUCGGCCUAUCAUCUUGCUGUUACCCUGGAUAGGCGCCAGGGGUGCUGGAGGUCUGAGGUUAGCUGGAUGGAUAAGGCCAGUUGGGUCAGGGUGUGGGGGGCUAAUCUGCCACCGAAAUUGAAGGUGUUUGUUUGGCAAAUCCUUAAUCGUUUGCUUCCUACGACAGAAGCUCUCAUUGCCAAAGGUGUUCCGGUCUUACCGAGGUGUCCGGUGUGCUGGGCGGAGUCAGAAACCUUGGAACACUUAUUCCUUUUCUGUCCGGUCGCUCGAGCACUCUGGGACUAUUCGGGGCUGGCUUCCCUAGGUGAAGGGCUUCCCCAACACACUUUUCCCCUGUUUCUUAAAUGGUUGAUGGCUCUGCUCACUCAGCCACCCGUUCUUAUGUCAGUUGUGGCUAUUCUAUGGCGAAUCUGGCGUUCUCGUAACUGGGUUGUCUUUGAGGGUAAGCAGUUUGGGUUUCCGGGGUUAUUGCGUCAGUACAAUCAGCAGUAUGAGGAGUGGGUUGGUCUGCCUGUGGAUCGCCAUCCUCGCUCUGCGGUUGCUCCCAUUUCUCAGCCGGUGCUAGCAGGGGGUGAUAGGAUGGUUUGCAUGUGGGAUGGGGCUACGAGGCGUGGGUCUCAUGCAGCUGGGGGUUUUGUCUUAUUGACGCCGAAUAGAGAGGUCCUUAUGGCUGGCGGAGUUCAGUUCCCAGGGAUCGAUGAUCCCAAAGUAAUAGAGGCGUUGGCGCUCAGGGAAGCUAUCUUAUGGUGCCAGAAUCAGAGGUUGAGGGAGGUGUGUUUUGAGGGUGAUGCCAAGGUCGUCAUUGAUAAAAUUAACCAGGCAGAUGCUAGUGAUAGUCGGAUAGGUGCGAUCCUGGCUGAAAUUAUUCACCUUCUGAUGGUUAGGCCAGGGUUUGAUGUUAGAUUUGUAGGUCGGGGUAACAAUAGGGUAGCCCAUUUGGUGGCUCGGAAGGCCCUUUCUUUGUACCCGACUACGAGUCGUUCCUUUGAUUUUCAGGCCUGGCUGUUCUCCAGGUUGUAACUAUCUUUCGUUCUGAUCAAUGAAGAUUAUCUUUUGUCAAAAAAAAAAAAAAAUCUAUCUUGUACAGGAACCGGAAGUACCGCGUAGUAUAAUUAGUAAAGCCAUCCUCCAAUCUUAUUAGUUAAUCACUGCUCAUUGUUGUUGUAAAGUUGGGGAGAAAUUUAUUGAAGACAUUCGCAAUUAGGGAAGUCUUUUGAUUUUUGGCUGCUGCUUUGCCUUGUCUCCUGCUCGUCAUGGUAAAGGAAACCGUACCGGACAUCAUACCAGAUUCCUUUCUGGUAUGGUAUUUUGUGGUACGACCGUGGUUCAACCGUUUUGUACCGGUAAAUACCGUUUUUCACUAUUGAUAGAGAAAUGAAAUGCGAUAGUAUAA